UAGAGAACAUCUGGUCUGCUUGAUAUAUAGAAGCUAGCACUGCAUGUGUGUGUUUGUGUGCAUGUGUUUCUCCUAUGCUGACUCAUGGCAUUGAAGCCUCUCUGGAAACACCCCCACCCUUCUAGUCAGCCAGUUUAUACACAGUCCUUUGGCUCCUCCUUGAUUUAAAUGUUAGGUCAGGAGGAAGAAGGAAAACGAAUUCAAGAGCUGCACUUAAGCAUCUAGAAUUUUCUGCGUCACACCUCUUGAGAGAAGAGACUGGCUCCAGGUCUGACUCAGUCCACUACAAACUAGACUCUCUUCUUAAAGCACCAACAUUACUUGAGUCUUUGGAUAAAAUUGAGAAAAGAGUCUACAAGUAUUGUGGACUCUACAGGAGGCAGGAGGCUGACAACUGGCAGUAAAGACAAAGAUGUCAGGCCUGAGGCCCAGCACUCAAGUGGACCCUGAGAUUGAGCUUUUUGUAAAGGCUGGAAGUGAUGGAGAGAGUAUUGGAAACUGUCCCUUUUGCCAACGCCUUUUCAUGAUCCUCUGGCUUAAAGGAGUUAAAUUUAAUGUGACAACGGUUGACAUGACCAGAAAACCUGAAGAACUGAAGGACUUAGCCCCAGGUACCAAUCCUCCAUUCCUGGUGUAUAACAAGGAGUUGAAAACAGACUUCAUUAAAAUUGAGGAGUUUCUAGAACAGACCCUGGCUCCUCCAAGGUACCCUCACCUGAGUCCCAAGUACAAGGAGUCUUUUGAUGUGGGCUGUAACCUCUUUGCCAAGUUUUCUGCAUACAUUAAGAAUACACAAAAGGAGGCAAAUAAGAAUUUUGAAAAAUCUCUGCUCAAAGAAUUCAAGCGUCUGGAUGACUACUUAAACACCCCACUUCUGGAUGAAAUUGAUCCAGACAGUGCUGAGGAACCCACAGUUUCCAGAAGACUAUUCUUGGAUGGGGAUCAGCUAACACUGGCUGAUUGUAGCUUGUUACCCAAGCUGAACAUUAUUAAAGUUGCUGCCAAGAAAUAUCGUGACUUUGACAUUCCAGCAGAAUUCUCAGGAGUCUGGCGUUAUCUCCACAAUGCCUAUGCCCGUGAAGAAUUUACCCACACGUGUCCUGAAGACAAAGAAAUUGAAAAUACUUAUGCAAGUGUAGCUAAACAGAAGAGUUAGGACAGCUCUUACAGGAGAAAAGGCUGUAUUUGUGAUCAGAUUUUACUUAAUGACAUAUUAGAAAAGUUUCUGCAAAUAAGAAUAUGAAAAAUACUGUUUCUUCUGUCCAACUCUCUUAUGGAAAGGAACUCUGUAUUUUCUGUUAGCCAUAAACGAUCUGUCCACUGUAUUUUACAGGUCUUCCCACUUUUACUUAAUUUGCUUUAUUUGUAUGGCAAACCACUGCAAUCCUGAAUGACAUGGAAAGCAUCACGAUCUUUUGCCCUUUGCUUGAAUUCCUGGAAUGCAUACAUAUAAGCUAAACAGAUGUCUGCAGUUAUAAAUGUCAUAAGUAGAGGUACAAUCUCACCCUGGUCCUUAGAAACAUUUCCAUACAAAUUGUUAAAAUAAUUCCACAUUUUUGCUAGUUUAAUAUAUACAUGAGUUUAUUUCUGAUACAAAUAACAAAUUCAGAGAGUGAGCAUAUCAGAGAGGCAGAUUCUAAAAGAAUGAUUUUUAAAAUCAGCUCUAGGAAGAGAUCAAGAUCAAUUGGUCAUAGAACAGCAUUUGACGCCUAGAACUAUGACCAUCUCAUGGCCAGAGAUGAGAAUGUAGCCUUUGUGACCAGAUUAUAUUAUUUUUAAAUGAAGAAGCACUCAUUAAAUAAAACAUAAUUUUAAAAAACCAGAAAUGAAGUCAACUGAAUCUUUUAUUCAUAAAAAUGAAAAGGAAAAUAAGAAAUGUGACUGA